AUGGGUAGUUUCAAAGCGUUGGCAUUCAUGGAAGGAAAAUGGUUUCCUUGGUUCUUGAAGGCAGGGCUCAUUGGUUUGGUCAUGUUUGCUGGGUUGACAUAUGAGGAUCAAGUGGGAGAGGCUGAGACUGGUUUACUAUGUAUCAGUGAGUGCACAACAUGUCCAGUCAUAUGUUCAUCUCCUCCUCCUCCUCAACUUGAGUCUUCUUCACCACCACCAUCACCGCCACCAGUGCACCGCUCGCCUUCUCAAACUUACUACACCUCUCCUCCGCCCUCGCCACUGCAAUUUGACUACAGCUCUCCUCCGCCCUCACCGCCGCCGCCUCCUCCCUCACCACCAAAACAAUCACCAUCACCUUCAUCAUAUUCGAAAGGCGCUCCUCCCCCGCCUUCUUUUGUGUACUUCUUCAACAUGCCUCCCUCAGGUCCAGUGCCAACAACAACAACAACAACAGGAGUGCUGCAUAACAAUUCCUAUCCCUACUACUACUUUUACGCCUCAGAGGCUUCUUCUCUCUCUGCUCAUGCCUUCUUUUUAUUUGUCUUCUUAGUUCAGCUUGUGUUUUCUUUUUGGUGA